AUGCUUUCUGAGUCUCUGCUUGCGCUUGGUCUGCUCCUCCUGCUGAGCCUGAGCCUCGACGGAGAGGUGGCCCUCGCGGCGGAAGACGGCGAGUUCGCCUACCAAGGCUUCGCCACGGCGAACCUUACGCUGGAUGGCCUCGCCACCGUCAUGCCCAACGGCCUCCUGCUGCUCACCGACACGGAGUCCGCGAACACGGGCCAUGCCUUCCACCCCGCGCCACUCCAGUUCCUCGAAAGUUCCACCACGACGACGAACAGCACCACCAUGGCGCGGUCCUUCUCCGCGACCUUCGUGUUUGCCAUUUCAUCCAGGUACGAUGGCCUGACCAGCUACGGGCUUGCGUUCGUCGUUGCUCCGACCUCGAACCUCUCGGCUACGAACGGCGGGCGGUACAUGGGCCUCCUCAACGCGACAAACGGCACGGCGAGCCACCGCAUCCUGGCGGUCGAGCUCGACACCAUCAUGGACGUCGCGUUCCGCGACAUCGACAGCAACCACGUCGGCAUCGACGUCAACAGCCUCGUCUCACGGCAGGCCAAGCCGGCUGGGUACUACAGCAACGAGAACGGCGCCUUCCAAGAUCUGAGGCUGAACAGCCGCAGGCCGAUGCAGGUGUGGGUGGACUACGACGCCCAAGCCAGGCGAAUCAACGUGACAUUAGCACCUGUGCAGGUACCAAAGCCCAGGAAUCCUCUCCUCUCCGAGGCUAUUGAUCUCUCCACGGUCAUGGUGGAAGAGAUGUACGUCGGCUUUUCUGCUUCUAGCGGUACUCCCGGUGAUAAUCACCACUCUGUCCUUGGAUGGAGUUUCAGCUUCGACGGACCCGCCCCGAUGCUAGACUUCUUCAAGCUCCCCGCCCUGCCGCGCCUAGGUCCCAAGCCUCGGUCCAAGAUCUUGGACGCCGUGUUGCCACCGGCCGCAGUAUCGCUUGUCAUUGCCGUGCUAGCUGCCGUGUUCUUCUUCUUGUGGCAUCGGCGUCGAUUUGCCGAGGUGAGAGAAGAUUGGGAGGAUGAGUUCGGCCCACAUCGUUUCGCAUACAAGGAUUUGUUUCAUGCCACUGAGGGCUUUUCGGGUAGGAAUUUACUUGGAGUAGGAGGAUUUGGAAGAGUGUACAGAGGAUUGCUUUCUGUGUCCAAUUUAGAGGUUGCGGUGAAGAGGGUGUCACAUGAUUCUAAACAAGGACUAAGGGAGUUCAUUGCAGAGGUGGUGAGCAUUGGCCGUCUCCAACACCGGAAUCUCGCACGGUUACUAGGCUACUGCCGUCGGAAGGGUGAACUUCUCUUGGUUUAUGAGUACAUGAAAAAUGGUAGUCUUGACAAGUACUUGUAUACUCAAAAUAAGCCAGCUCUACAUUGGCCUGAAAGGUAUCGGAUCAUCAAAGGUGUCGCAUCAAGCUUGUUGUAUCUUCAUGAGGAAUGGGAACAAAUUGUCAUCCAUCGGGAUAUAAAGGCUAGCAAUGUGCUCUUGGACAGUCAGAUGAAUGGACGGCUCGGUGAUUUUGGUCUAGCAAGGUUAUACGACCAUGGCACGGUUUCUAAAACAACACAUGUGGUGGGCACCAUGGGGUACCUUGCACCGGAACUUAUACGCACCGGGAAGGCAACACCCUUAACCGAUGUGUUCGCAUUUGGUGUGUUUCUCCUUGAGGUCGCAUGUGGGCGUAGGCCAAUCAACAGUACCAAGGAUAUCACAGAGUUAGUGUUGGUCGAUUGGGUGCUUGAACAUCACCGCAACGGCUCAAUUCUUGACGUGGUCGAUCCACGUCUUAUGGGGAAUUUCAACCCAGAGGAAGCCACCCUCCUGCUCAAAUUAGGUUUGUUAUGCUCCUACCCAUCGGCCAAUGCAAGACCUAGCAUGCGAAAGGUCAUGCAAUACCUGGACUGCGACCAGUCAAUUCCUGACAUGUCCGCCUACAUGAGUUACAACAGGAUAGCAAUGAUGCAGAAUGAAGGGUUCGAUUCAUACAUAAUGUCGUACCCUUCAUCGAAUAUGAAUAUUUGUGUUGUAUCUGGUGAGUCUUCGGUGUCAAUUCUUGAAGAGGGAAGGUGA